AUGAAUGACAUCGUGCACGCUGCCACCCACCUCUCGUGGCCGGCGCUGGUCCUUGGCUUCGUAGCCCUUCUCUUCAUCGCCUACCACGCUCUCCUCCUCCUCCUGCACGCCAUCGCUCCCAAGCCCCGCGCCGUGCUCCCCUCCGAAAAGACAUACUCCACGACGACCCCAGACUCGGACGGCACAGUCACCCAUGCACUCCCCUGCUGGUUCGACCGUUGGCUUGCUGAGCGUCAGGCUUCGGAGACGGCCACCAAGCUGUCCGACCCAUCCAAUGUCCCCCUUCCCGACUCGGGCACCAUCGAGCCCGCCUCUGUCCGCGUGACCGUCGUCGUACCUGCCUACAACGAGGAGGCACGCAUCUUGCCGGCGCUUGAAGAGGCCGUGACCUAUCUCGAUGCCAACUUUGGCCGCCCUGCCUCUACCUCAACCCUCUCGCCGCCCCCCUCGGCCAAGCGCACACCCUCCCCGCAUCGUCGGGUCCAGAACGCCCCCUCCGACGAUGUUACCGGCUACGAGAUCCUCAUCAUUGACGACGGCUCCUCCGACGCCACCAUCUCGGUCGCCCUCGCCUUUGCCCGUAACGCACGCCCUCCACGACACGUUGCGCGUCAUCGUCACGACCUCGCGGUAGUUGCGCAGCGCCAGGCACACCUGCGCCGCCCGGUGGAACACAAAGUUGUCGAUUUGAUGGCCCUGCUCAAGAAGAUCCGAAAAAAGGCGCUGGAUCGCCGGGAACGGCCGCACCGCUGCCGGGCCCGAUGCGCGGGCCUCGCUGCUGUCCCUCAUCUGUUGGCCCACGGCCUGGAUCUCAUCCAGAUCCGCCAACACGAGAGGCACCAUGGCAUUGCUAAUGUCGUGACCAUCGCUCUGCGCCUUGCUAAUCAACGACACGGCGUGCUCCGUCGAUGGUUCGUUGACCUUUCAUGCUGGCUUGCACGGCGAGCUGAAGACAGCCGCUUGAGUAACCCUGCCCGUUGCGCACGGCGCGGUUCGCGCGCCGAGGAGGUCGUCGACGGCGCCCACCGCGGCGUCGCCAUUGGCUCGCGCGCCCACCUCGUCGGCUCGGCCGCCGUCGUCCAGCGCUCCUUCGUCCGCAACUUCCUCAUGCGCUCCUUCCACCUCGUCCUCACCAUCCUCACGCCCCCCGCCACGAGCCGCCUCGCCGACACGCAGUGCGGCUUCAAACUCUUCACGCGCGCCGCCCUGCCCCACGUCGUCCCCUACAUGCAUGCCGAGGGCUGGAUCUUCGAUAUCGAGAUGCUCCUCCUUGCCGAGAGCGCGCCCCCCGCCCCCGUCCUCGGUGCCGACGGCGCUGUUAUCGGCACCAGCCCCGGCAUCCGUGUCGCCGAGGUUCCCAUUGACUGGCAUGAGGUCGACGGCUCCAAGGUCAGCCUCAUCGCCGACAGCAUCCGCAUGGCCGUCGGCCUCGCCGUCCUGCGUGCCAGCUGGAUGAUGGGCGUCUACCGCCGGCGAUUGACGUAG